AUGCAGGACCGUGUCCUUUGCCACCAGCAACGUUUUGGCAACGGUGACCAUGUUGGCGAACCUCAAUGUAGCAGUGUGACGGAGGACAAGUCGGCAGAAAAUCAGCUCCAAGCAGGCCUAACUGGGCGUUCCACAGCCGGGCAAUCCCAGGCAAGUCAACAGGUUUCCUCAAGGCAGCGAAAUUCCAAACAGACGCUAUUGGACAAGGAUGUGUUCUCUGCAUUCCUCGACGCGGCCCUGCGCUGCAGCAUGUGCCCCAAGCCUAUUCGCCUGGCGGCCGGUCUCAAGUGCUUGACCGGUCAGGACAGUUAUCAUCUUUGCGAUCUUGCGCCCACUUCAUUUGCACUAGACUACGUUCAAAGGCUGCAAGACCAGGCCCUGUUCAUUCCAAGUAUAUCCAGGCUGUUAGACAAUUUUGUCAACACUGCGCCAUCACCGGGAUCAGGCAGCGACUUCUCUCGCUCUGAACCUGGCAGCGGCAUGGGAGGGAGGCACUCGCCACAAGGGCUCCAGGCGCACCUAUGGGAUCUUCUCAGAAAUAGGGUGCGGAACCAGGAGUCUGCUCGCAGGCUGCGUCCCUUGAAGUCUUCCGAGGGUGACCGGGUACCUAAUUACAUGCUGGACUUUCCCCGUGCUUUUAGCCGAACAUGGUGCGUUGAAUCUAGAGAUGAAGCUUGCCGACAAUCCGAAUCUGCGCCAUGUGAGGCCACGGGUGAGGGGGGCCUGUUCGGUUUGCGCCUCGAUCUCGACUACCAGGCUGAUGGCUCCUGGAAAGCUAUCCCGGUGGUAACAGCGAAAGCUCUCAAUGAGGCCGAUAGGAGGCCCAGCGAAGGCUGCCGUAACAGAAGCGAUGGGCCAAGCAUGACUGGAUUCUGCGGCUACCCUGUCGAAGAACGGGCAGGCGCAGGUUCCCCACAGCACGAAAGCAGAAAGUACUCGAAAAGCGUGUCACCGAUGAGUGAUGUGUCAAUGCUCCUCCCAUGCGAAAGACCUAUGAAAGAUGGCGGCAUAGUUGGGCAUCCUCAAGCCAUUGGUGGGUCGAGCUGGCUUACUCAGAAUGUCAUCCGCAUGCAUCCGCUGAGGCAGCAACAGCACCGACACGACGAAUUGCACGAACAAACUUCGGCUCGGAACAGGCACAGCUUAUAUGAGGGGUCCGACUCUGAGUGGUGGUCAGAUACGAGCGAUGCAAGCGACCUGCCCCUCGAAGAGUCCUGUGGGCGGUAUACAAAGUCACAUCUUGACAACGCCCGCAUAUUUUCUCUCUGCUCCAGCGAAACUGAAAGUGUGCACGACUAUCUGGACCUACGAUACGACUCUGGAGAGAAGCAGUUGAUAGGCUGCAGACCAUCGAUGUCAACACGGCAGUCUCGGGAAGGUUCGAGCGGCUCUUUGGCGGAAGUGAUCGGGAACGACCAUCUGUUGUGGCAUAUGUGGAAGCGGCGUGCAAGUGUGGCACCUCGGGGCGAAGAAGAUAUCACCGACAUGAAGACAUUGUUCGCAACAGACCCAGACAUGAAGCUGUUCAAUUCGAGAUGGGACCUGGACCCGAGUGAUAUCAGCUCCAGCAGCAACGAAGAUCCGAUGCUGCAAGAAGCCACAUACAACGUAUCUCCUCGAGACAAAGCCAAUUCACCCUUGACACCUAACUCGGAAAGACGGCCAUACUUUGCGACUACACGACCCCCAUCAUCCUCGGGAUAUGUUGGGCGAUCCGCUGCUGAUCCGAAACGACGGUCAAGUCUCAUCAAAAGAUUUACCUGGGGUGGCCGACAGCAUACGCCUCAGGCACCGGGGCUGGAUGGGUCCAAGCUCGAGCAGAGGACGAUGGAGGUCAAGAGGAGGAAAACUCUGGAUGAUUAUGAGAUGAUGGACAAAGAGGCUAGUAACGACGAUUCCAGCGACAUGCUCUUCUAG